AUGGAGAAAUAUAUUUCUGAUUAUCUAGCAGCCAAGAUCAUCCGCCUCUCUUCUUCUCCGGCUGGUGCGGGUUUCUUUUUCGUGAAAAAGAAAGACGGCUCUCUCCGUCCCUGUAUUGACUAUCGAGGGCUGAACGACAUCACGUCUGUUCCUUUUUUGGGUUACAUCGUGUCGGUCGAGGGAAUGCGCAUGGAUCCGGACAAGAUUCAGGCUGUGGUUGAUUGGCCAACUCCAGAUUCCCGCAAGGCCCUGCAGAGCCAGCUAGCCGCUCCUUUGACUGCCUUAACCUCCACCAAGACUCCGUUCAGGUGUUCAAGCGCACCGGAGGCUGCGGUUACUAAACUGAAAAGCUGCUUUGUUUCAGCUCCCAUCCUUAUUGCCCCUGAUCCGUCCCGGCAGUUUGUGGUGGAGGUUGACGCAUCAGAGGAGAGGGAGGCAAAUGAUAUUGAAGACCAGUUCACACCUGUCAAUGGACCUGCCAAGCUGGAGAGGGCGAUUGUGCUGGAGAAUUUCCCACAGUCUGAAGAUUUUUCUCAGUUACGGCUUGCGUCUGAUGGCACUUAUGCUUCUUUGAUAAUCACAGGCUUGAAUGAGAAAGGCAACAGACACUGGCUGACCUGCAUGAAACUCCCAGAAGCCAGUGGUGAUAGUAAAGGUUGUUGCGUUGGUGGCACUUAUGAUAAAAGCACACGUAAGGAAUACGACAUGCCAAUGGAUUCCUUCUUUAAAAAUUAUUACGGCCCUUUUCUGACGACUGUGUGGGUUAAGAUGCUCGUGUGUCUGAUCUAUGCUGGGUAUUUGGCAGUCAGUAUCUAUGGAUGCUUCCAAAUACAGGAAGGUCUAGAUUUGAAAAAUCUAGCAGCAGACGGCUCAUAUGUAGGUGAUUACUAUGACGAAGAAGAUGAAUUCUUCUCUGAUUUUGGUCCUAAUGUCAUGUUAGUAAUAAACAAUGAGCAUUUUCAGUACUGGAGCCCAGCUGCCCGUGAAAGUCUUGACUUGUGUUUGGAAAAUUUUCUAAAUCUGACAAUGGCAGAUUCAGAUUCAGGCAUUCCACCCAUUUCUUGGCUUCAUGCAUACAUGCAGAUUGGACAGAAUGCUGGUUUUGAUUUAGACAAUGAAACACAAUUCAAAGGAAAAUUAACUUCAUUUCUUAUUCAGUCUGGUUUUAGCCAAGAUGUUAAUUUCACUAACGAUCAAAUUCAUGCAUCACGUGUGUUCAUUCAAACGGUGAACGUCAGCACGGCAAUCGAUGAGAAAAACAUGCUGAAUGCAUUUAGAGAAACUGCAGACAAAUGUGGGGAGUUGCAGAUGCCCGUUGAUCUGAUCGUGUACCACCCCGCGUUCAUCUAUUUCGACCAAUAUGCUGUCAUCAUCAGUAAUACAGUCCAAAACAUAGUGGUCGCUACAUGUGCCAUGUUAGUCAUUUCGCUCCUGCUGAUCCCGAACCCUCUCUGCUCUGUCUGGGUGACAUUUGCCAUCGCAUCAGUCAUUGUGGGCGUGGCCGGUUUCAUGGCAUUGUGGGAUGUCAGUUUAGACUCUGUGUCUAUGAUUAAUCUUGUUAUCUGUAUCGGGUUUUCUGUGGACUUCUCUGCUCACAUAUCCUACGCUUUUGUGUCAAGUGAAAAAUCCUCUGCGAAUGAGAAAGCCACGGAUGCCAUCCAUAAACUGGGCUAUCCGAUUGUUCAGGGUGCCGUGUCCACUAUAGCAGGUGUGGUGGUGCUCGCAGCUGCUAAAAGCGACAUAUUCAGGACCUUCUUCAAAAUCAUGUUCUUGGUCAUUCUUUUCGGGGCCGUCCAUGGCGUUGUGUUCUUACCUGUGUUCCUGACUUUCCUUGCUUGUAGUAAGAGUCGC